AUGACCUCCACUCCAUCGCAGGCGUUGACCAAACGUCAAAGCGAACAGAGUCUCAUGCCCCCUCCUCCUCCACCCAAGCGGAUCAAACGGCCAGCUACGGUUUUGGACGAAGAUGUCUACACGAAUGCCUUAUCGGAGAUCAUUGCUCGUGACUACUUUCCUGGACUGCUGGAGGAGCAAGUGAAGCAGGAGUAUCUUGACGCUCUGGAAUCGAAGGACAGAGAGUGGAUUUUGAGUUCAAAAAAGAGGCUCACGGAUUUGCUGAAGACUCCCGGCAGAGCUCGCAGCAGAAGUGGAAUGACUCCGCGGCUCCACGGUACAGAACGACCGGAUCACACCCCGGCCGGCUGGCAAGGUGAUACGCCGAGGUCGGUGAUCUCAACGACGACGACGACGACCGCGAUAGCCCAGACCACUCCGAAAGAUAUUCCAGAUGUCACCAACCUGGGGCUCAUGGCGUUCCAGGCCAAGUACACCAGCGAAGACAACGAGUCGUUCAAUAAACUUCUGGACAAACAGAAUGCCAAACGCCAGGAGAAGUAUGCCUGGCUCUGGAGCGGAAACAAGAUCCCUACUGCUCGGCAGAUUGCCCACCGACAACGGGAAGCGAAACGCAUCGCAGCACAGGGAGGCAUUACUGAGCGACAGCUAGCGAUCAAGACGGAUUUGGACGCCCGGCCCGCAAAACCUGAUACGUGGAAGUCCCGACCGGAGAACUCGCUCAUGUUCAUGCCGUCUUCCAUCGAGGAUACACACGAGACCAUUUCACAGAAAGCUGAAGCGGUCUCGCGCGCCGGGCCUAAGCGAGUGGUGCACGAGAAUACCAGGCUACCGGAGCCGAGUGUCCAGCACGGUUCUGCUGCUGCGGAGGGCAACGACGUCCCUCCCUCGCCAUCGAUAUCCGCCAUCAAAGAUGCCAUUGCUGGCCGGCCCCGAUUCACGGAAUCCGAAGCGGGAUACGCGGGGGGCGAGACGCCACGGGUUAACGGAUAUGCUUUUGUCGACGAGGACGAGCCCGAACCGGACUACAACCAUACUGCCGCUGAAACCUCGGAGUUGACCUCCUUGUCAGGUGACGAUCUUCGCUUGCUCGGGGCGAGCGACUCUACCCCCAACCCGUUCUCGAUCCGGGAGAACCGCAAGCGCGAAGAUCUGCAUCACCGCAUGGUCGACCGGGUAGCAAGAACGAAACGCGCCGAGAAGGCCGCGCGCGAGGUUAGGACGCCCGUAACGCCACGCUUCGCCAGCAGUCCUCGGUUGGAUUUUGGGCUACGUACCCCUGCAGCUGCGGAUUCCAGCGGACAGGGCAAGGUUUUGACCCCCGCAGCGCAGAAACUACUGCAACGGGUUGGCAGCACGCCUCGACCGGCAGCAAGUUCCUCGUCGAGUCUGAGAAAUAUGUGGACCCCUACUCCCAGAAGAGCUAAAUGA